AUGUCUAGCAGUAUGGAGUUUAAGGUGAUGAAUAUGCUGAUGCUUCAACGUUGUCCAUCGCAUAUCAUGGCCAAUAUUAGAGGCUUGCUUACUUGUGUCAAAUUCUUAAUAAGAAACGACUUUUCAAUUCAAUGCGGUGAUGCCUUGAUCGGUCGUUGCUGGGAUUGCGUUGCUGGACAAGCUCUUUAUGUAUGUCAGCUUGAAGACAAUCUUCAAGAACUUGAGACUGCAAGAGAUAAAUUAAGAGAGCUGAGCAAUGAUGUGAUGCGGAGGGUCAACAGUGAGGAAACUCCACAAACAGUGCAGCUGGAUCGAGUUGGAGGAUGGCUUUCAAGGGUAGACGCUACCAUUACUGAAUUUGAUUCUCUCCUCAACAGAGCUACGCGAGAAAGACAGAAAUUGUGUCUCGCAGGCUGUUGCUCCAAGAACUGUAAGUCCACCUACAUGUUUGGGAAAAGCGUUUCCAGAAGCCUCAAACAUGUGGUUGGUUUGAUGAGCGAAGGAGAUUUUAAGGAAGUGGUUGAGAGGACACUUCCAGAACCAGUGGUAGUAGGAAAUGUUAAUCCAACAUUGGGCACUGAAACUACCUUAGACGAGGCAUGGAGCUACAUAACGGGAGAUGAGGUGAGAAUUGUUGGCAUAUACGGUAUGGGGGGAGUCGGUAAAACUACUCUUCUUACUAAAAUCAACAACAGAUUUGCCACUAUAUCUAAUAAUUUUGAUGUUGUGAUUUCGGCUGUGGUUUCUAAAGAUUUGAAACCUGAGAAGAUUCAAGAGCAGAUUUGGAAAAGAAUUGGCUUUUUGGAUAAGAAAUGGAAAAAGAAAAGCCUCCGUGAGAAAGCGGAAGACAUAUUUUAUGUACUGAGUAGAAAGAAAUUUGUAUUAUUAUUAGAUGACAUAUGGCGGCGAGUUGACCUUGAAGAGAUUGGGGUUCCUCUACCUACUAGACAAAACAGAUGCAAGAUAGUAUUCACAACACGCUCUUGCAGAGUAGGCGGGCAAAUGGAAGCUGAAAAGAUGAUAAAAGUAGAACCUUUGGCUUGGGAAGAAGCUUGGGCGUUGUUUCAGAAGAAGGUUGGGGAUAUUGAUUUUGAUAUUGUUCCUCUGUCUCAAGAUGUUGCUAAAGAGUGUAGUGGGUUGCCAAUCGCACUCAUUACCAUUGGUAGAGCCAUGGCCAGUAAAAUUACAAAGGAAGAAUGGGAGCAUGCUCUUGAGGUACUUAGAAGCCCUGCCUCAAGCUUACUAGGCAUGGAGGAUGAGGUAAUUCCAGACAUGGAGGUUGAGGUAUUUGUAAGAUUGAAGUUUAGUUAUGACGGUUUGCUUAGUGAUAAAGUUAAAUUUUGUUUCUUAUAUUGUUCCUUAUUUCCGGAAGAGUUUGAAAUUGAGAAAGAUGACUUGGUACAUUAUUGGAUUUAUGAGAAUUUUUGUGCUCGCAAUGAGGCAUAUUCUAUAAUUGGCACUCUUGUUGGGGCAUGUUUAUUGGAAGAGAAAGGCCAACAUGUGAAAAUGCAUGAUGUGAUUCGUGAUAUGGCUCUGUUGAUAGCAUGUAAAUAUGAAAAAGAAAAACAUAAGUUUUUUGUGGAAGCGGGUGCCCAAUUAACUCGAGUACCAGAGGUUGGAAAAUGGGAAGUAUCAAAGCGGAUGUCCUUGAUGGCAAACUCCUUUGAGAGAAUCCAAGAAAUUCCUAGAUGUCCUGAUCUUUUGACUUUAUUUCUCAGCGAUAAUCGUAAUUUGAGUGGGAUCAGUGAUGGUUUCUUUCAGUUUAUGGGUACACUAACCAUUUUAGACCUAUCAAGUACUAAUAUCAAAAAAUUGCCAGUAGGAAUAUCAAAAUUGAACUCAUUGCAAUAUCUUAAUCUGUCAUGGACGUUGAUAAGUCAAUUGCCAAUUGAGUUGAAAAUGUUGGUAAAACUGAAAUAUUUGAACUUGGUGGGUAAUUUCGAGCUAAAUAUGAUUCCAAGGGGAGUCAUAUCCAGUUUAUCAUCAUUGCAAGUUUUGAAAAUGUACAACGUUGGUUUUCUUUGGGUCGAAGAAUUGGAAGAUAAUAUAUUGAGGGAAAAGAACAAGCUAAUAGAGGAGCUACAAUGUUUGGAACACUUGAAUGAAUUGAGCAGUACAAUAAGAAGUGUCUCAGAUCUCCAGAGUUAUGUCAACACCCACACAUUAGUCAACUGUACUCGAGCUCUAUGGCUUAAUUUGUUUCCAAGUAAACAAUCUCUCAACAUUUGGUGGUUGGCAAAUAUGAAGAAUCUAGAAGAUAUGGUUAUAAUUGGUGGAAGAAACUCAGAAGAGUUGGGUAUUAAUGUUGUAAUGGAAGAGAUAGAAGCACAUGAUGCAGGUGGAGGUCUGGGCAACUCAAUGAUCUCAAGGAAGACAUACUUUAAUAGCCUUCAUACAUUGACUUUAGGAGGAAGCCUCAGAUUGAGGGAUAUGACAUGGGUUAUUCUAGCUCCAAAUUUGAUGUGUUUGAAUGUGCAAGUGAACGAGCAUAUAGAAGAGAUAAUAAGUGUUGAAAAGUUAGAUGAUGUUCAAGUUGGGGAUGAAAAUUUUAACCCAUUUUUUAAACUCCAAGUGCUCAGGUUGCAUGUUUUACCACAACUGAAAAGCAUAUAUCCCAAUGCCUUGUCCUUUCCCUCUCUAGAAAAAAUCGAAGUAAAUGAAUGCCCACAGCUUAAGAAGCUGCCAUUAAACUCGAGCAGCGCAAAUGGAGGCAAAGUUGAGAUUAGAGCAGAGGAACAAUGGUGGAAAGAUGUUGAAUGGGAGGAUGAUUCUACUAAAACUACCUUUCUACCGUGCUUUGUGCAUGCUCGCUACCAUUGGGGAUGA